UAUCUCUUCCGGUUAUCGCAAUACAUUUUAGUCCGAUCUCUUCAAUACUUUUUUCGCAUUGCAUUGGUACCGCAUUUAUUUUCAAACAUUAUUGAAGAUAUGUAUAAAAUGGCAGCUGGGAGAGGAUUCAGGUUAAAAGCUUAUUCUGCAUCGCGUUGAUGAUGCUCAGUGUUCAUGUUGUGCUGGGCUGAAGGGAACAUGAACAGAUGCUAAUGAAUUAGAGACCACAUUACACAUUUGUGAAAUACCUGAUCAAGAUAAAUCUGAACAUAGUCAGUAGCCUAUAUGCGACGAUGCACAUGCGUUUGUGGUGACAGUUCAAUUCAAGCCAACAAAAGCCAUUUCCUUCUCUGACUAUGCAAGAGCUAUAUCUGUAAAUAAUUGGCCUAGCUGUAGCCUACAAAUAGGAGUCUAGGAUGCUGCAGGGUCCACAUGUCCUGGGUCAUGACAAGCCUCUGAUCAGACUAUCAUUCACGUCCUGUGUUGUGGGCACCGUCAGCCUGCCACUGCUUGGUUUAAUUACCUGCAUCUCCAUCUCCUCCGUGUUCCAUUUCCAGGACUCCACUGACACACAUUGCAAGGUUACCAAUUAUCUGCCCUCCAUUAGUGCCUCCAUAAGCCUGAGCCCAGAGUGCCAUAUCUGGCGCUUCUGCAUUGGCCUGCACUCUGCUCCCAGGUUCCUGGUGGCCGUGGCCUAUUUUAACUUCUAUAAGGGCCGCUUCUCCACAAGGUUCCUGGAGUGGCUGCUCAGCUGCCUCAACUUCAUGUGUGCCAUCACUGAGAACUUUGGCCUCUUGCUGCUCACCUACGUGUCAUCCAAUGAGACAUACCUUGUCCACAAAGAAGGUUUUGUCCUGUUCAUAGCCAGUUCUGUUAUCCACAUGGUGUUAACCUGUCGGCUGUGGCUGGUUAUAAAGAAGUACUCACUGAUUCCUGAGGAUGUGAAAUCUUUCCACUGGAAAAUCCGCUGCUUGAUCCUCAACAUCGCUUUCUGCUGCUUGGCUGCUUACUUUUACUGGAAACACAACAUGUACUGUGAACAAGGGAGCUACACCUUUUUUGCCCUCUUUGAGUAUUGUGUGGUGCUCUCCAACAUGGCCUUCCACCUAACAGCCUUCUGGGACUUUAAAAGCAGAGAGAUGGUGGUCAUCUCACCAGAGGAGGGUAAAGACUUCUGACUGGGAAACAGAGGGUCAGGUGACAGGUGUUCAACCACUCAGAACACACCUAGCGGAGAUGAUGCUGUUGCAGAGGAGGAGCAGGAAGAAAGCGCCUUCUUCCAUAUAUUUACAUGAUGGCGGAUGUCAUGACUGUAAAUAAUCACUUUAUUUAUCUGGACUGUUCAACCUGAAAGUCAAUCCUACUGUACCAACAUUUUGAUAGAGUUGAUAUUGACAUACUGUAUGAUAAAAGACAGACUUAGUCCUCUAUGAUUUGGGACAAUGGGGCAACUUCGACUUGAUCACCUUGACUUAAGAGUAUGUCCUUUAGUCAUGCUCACGUGUCUAUGACUUAUCACUUGUGAAAUUCGGGAAAUGCUGACUGUUGCCAAUGAUGUGAUCUGAAGAGAGUGUCUUCAGCUCUUUGUAGAAAGUAUUUUUAAAUGCAUCAAGAACUGUGGAUAAACACAAAUAUGAUUUUGUAUAUUCUCAAGUAGAGAGAGACAUCUUAAAGGUAUUAAUAAUCUAAUAGUGAUUUUUUUUGUGUAAAAAUUAAGCUUCAUUAAACAAUUAUUUCAGAACUUUUUAGCUAUUUACCAUAACAUGCUUAUUAUUAGUGAGUCAGUCAGUCAGUUAGGUCCACAACCUAAAUUAAGGAAGUUACAAAUAAAUGUUCUUCCUCGUUUGUAAAGACAGAGAGAGAGACCGAGAGAGUGAGAGAGACAGAGAGAGAGAGAAAGAGAGAGAGAGACAGAGAGAGAGAGACAGAAAGACAGAGAGAGAGAGAG